AUGUCGUCCUUAGUCCCCUCGCUGCGGGCGGCAGUCCCUCGAAUCCUAUCACGAACAUCAUGUCGUCCCAUCUCUGCCUCAGCCCGCCUCCUGCGCCAGGGUCCCGGAACAGGAGAGAACUUCCAACAGGCCAACGACCCAACAUCACGGAAACUCACUCCCAACGUGUCUAAGACCGACGAAACCCCCGUUGACUCCAUGGGCGCUUCAGAUGCACCACUACAAGAAUUGGUCCCCGAUGGCGAGAGAGCUCGACAAUUACAAGCACCUAAUAGAGCAAAACCAUGGUCUCGGAGCCAAAUGCCCAGAGAGCUCGCAAUGACAGGACCGAGAUUUGAACAGACGAUCAUCGAAGCGCAGCCUGCCCCGUAUGCCGCAAUCGAGCUCAUCCACAAACAACCCGUCCGAUGGGUUGACGAUAAACGGGUCGCAUGUGACGGCGGUGGUGGUCCCUUGGGCCACCCAAAGAUCUAUAUCAACGUGGACAAGCCACAAAUCUGUUGGUGUACUUACUGCGGCUUGCCAUAUGCCAAAAAGGAACACAAGAAAUAUCUCGAGUCACUACCGAGCACAACUUACCCACUAGCACCAACCGGCGACCCUAUGGAAGUACAAAUGCCGGCCACACCUAGUCAAAAGGGAGAGAUCCAGGGACAAUAUCCUCAAAUAAGAGGAGAGCAUCUGGCUGAGUCUUUGGGUGAAACUGCCUUUGAACAGAGAUGA